AUGGAUGCACGAUUCCUGUACCCUUUGGAGAGCUGUAAAAUCAUCCACUUAUUGAGACACGGACAAGCGUUGCACAAUGUAGAAGCCGAGAAGGAUAGGAAUGCAUUGUUGUCUCCUCAUCUUUUUGACGCUCCACUUACUUAUCAUGGUCACCAACAGGUUGAGAACCUCCGCGAAUGCAUUGUUUCAAGCGGGCUACUAAAGAGGGUUGAGCUAGUUGUAACUUCUCCCUUGUUGAGAACUAUGCAAACCGCGUUUGGAGUAUUCGGAAAUGAACAUGAGCAACCAAAUAUGACAAGCAGCCCUCCCAUUUUGGCUCUUGAGGUUGCUCGAGACCGUAAUAUUGAAAGUGAAGAGGACAACCUAUGGAGACCCGAUGUUCGAGAAUCUGAAGAAGAGAUUUUGGCGAGAGGGCUAGAGUUCAUGAAAUGGCUAUGGAAGAGACCAGAGAAGGAGGUCGCAGUUGUUAGCCAUGGCAUAGUUUUGCAGCAUAUGUUGUAUGUGUUCGCAAACGAUUGCGACGAGUCAAUUAGACAUGAACUUUGCAAGAGGUUUGCUAAUUGCGAAAUUCGUACUGUCGUAAUUGUAGACAAAGGGUUAGUAUGA